AUGGAUGAGGAUAAGCUUCCAUCUGUACUACCUGGGGAAGGUGGUGCUGCCUGGGACCCCAGCUUGGAGCCUGAGGAAGAACCUGGGGUCCAGAAUGGAAUGGCACACAGUCAGGACCUGAACAGUAGCUACAACAGCCCAGGGCAUGAGAUGAGGGGCACUCUGGUGGACACUGAGGAGUCCACACAGGGCCCGGACAUGGCCCUCCAUGGCCUCAGCCUUGGCCUUUCCUUCACCAAUGGCCUAGUCCUGGGGCUAGACUCAAAUAUUCUAGAAGACUCUGCAGAGUCCAGGCCCUGGAGGGCUGGUGGGCUGGCAGAGGGGGACAAUGCUUCCAGGAAUCUCUGUCUGGACACUGAGGACCCUCAGCUGGGGCUGGGCGGCCCCGGAGAGCCAGAUGUGCGGGAUGGCUUCAGUGCCACGUUUGAGAAGAUCGUGGAGUCCGAGCUGCUGCGGGGCACCCAGUACAGCAGCCUUGACUCCCUGGACGUGCUGAGCCUCACGGACGAGAGUGACAGCUGCGUCAGCUUUGAGGCCCCCCUGACACCCCUCAUCCAGCAGCGGGCCCGUGAUAGCCCUGAGCUGGGGGCUGGCUUGGGCACUGGGGACAUGGGGUCUGAGGGGGACAUGGGAGCAGCUGGUGGUGAUGGGGGGCUGGGCAGCCCCCUGCGGUGCUCCAUCUCCAGCAGCCGAUCAGAGAACGUCCUGAGCCGCCUGUCUCUCACAGCCGUGCCCAAUGGCUUCCAUGAAGACGGACCCCGGGGUCCAGGUGGGGACGAGGAGGAGGAGGAGGAGGAGGAGGAGGAGGAGGAGGAGGAGGACACAGACAAGUUGCUGAACUCAGCCAGCGACCCCAGCCUAAAGGAUGGCUUUUCAGACUCGGACUCGGAGCUGAGCAGCUCGGAGGGGCUGGAGCCUGGCAGCACAGACACACUGGCCAACGGGUGCCAGGGGGUCAGUGAGGCUGCUCGCCGGCUGGCCCGCCGCCUCUACCACCUCGAGGGCUUUCAGCGCUGUGAUGUCGCCCGGCAGCUAGGCAAGAACAAUGAAUUCAGCAGGCUGGUGGCCGGGGAGUAUCUCAGCUUCUUCGACUUCUCGGGCCUGACUCUGGACCGAGCUCUCAGAACCUUCCUGAAGGCCUUCCCGCUGAUGGGGGAGACGCAGGAGCGUGAGCGGGUCCUGACGCACUUCUCCCGCCGGUACUGCCAGUGCAACCCGGAGGACAGCACCUCGGAAGAUGGGAUCCACACACUCACCUGUGCUCUGAUGCUGCUCAACACGGACCUGCACGGACAUAACAUUGGCAAAAAGAUGUCCUGCCAGCAAUUCAUUGCCAACUUGGACCAGCUGAAUGAUGGCCAAGACUUUGCCAAAGACCUGCUGAAGACCCUUUACAACUCCAUCAAGAAUGAAAAGCUGGAAUGGGCCAUUGAUGAGGACGAGCUGAGGAAAUCACUCUCUGAGCUGGUGGAUGACAAGUUUGGGACAGGCACCAAGAAAGUGACACGGAUCCUGGAUGGUGGCAACCCCUUCCUGGAUGUCCCGCAGGCUCUCAGCGCCACCACCUACAAGCAUGGUGUGCUGACUCGGAAGACUCACGCCGACAUGGAUGGCAAGAGGACACCCCGUGGGAGGCGUGGCUGGAAGAAAUUCUACGCGGUGCUCAAAGGGACCAUCUUGUACCUACAGAAGGAUGAGUAUAGGCCCGACAAAGCUCUGUCUGAGGGCGACUUGAAGAACGCUAUUCGCGUGCACCAUGCUCUGGCCACCAGGGCCUCUGACUACAGCAAGAAGUCCAACGUGCUCAAGCUAAAGACGGCUGACUGGAGGGUCUUCCUCUUCCAGGCACCGAGCAAGGAAGAAAUGCUGUCAUGGAUCCUUAGGAUCAACCUGGUGGCCGCCAUCUUCUCAGCCCCCUCCUUCCCUGCUGCUGUCAGCUCCAUGAAGAAGUUCUGUCGGCCCCUGCUGCCCUCCUGCACCACUCGCCUCUGCCAGGAGGAGCAGCUGCGUUCUCAUGAGAAUAAGUUGAGGCAGGUGACUGCGGAGCUGGCUGAGCACAGGUAUCACCCCAUCGAGAAGGGCGUCAAGUCCAAGGAGGCUGAGGAGAACCGGCUGAAGGAGCACUAUCUCACUUUCGAGAAAAGCCGAUAUGAGACCUAUAUCCACCUCCUGGCUGUGAAAAUCAAAGUGGGCUCAGAUGACCUGGAGCGGAUUGAGGCCCGGCUGGCCACUCUGGAAGGGGAGGAUCCUUCUCUCCGCAAGACACACUCAAGCCCCGCCCUCAGUCAGGGCCACGGAACUGUGACUGGCAGCAAAGCUACGAAGGAUACCACCGGGCCUGAUACUUAGCUGGCAUGGAUGGGCAGGCC